AUGGCCGUCGUGAAUCUGCUACCGCAAUUACCUAGUUUGGAGAUGCUAUCGAUCAAAGUACCAUUCUCUAUGCCGCCCAUUCCGGAAUCUGCUUCUGCUAGACCUGCUCAGAGCCUUGAAGCCAUUACAGAAGAAGAUGAAGGACUAGAGGGUGAUGAGCAGGCUCAAGGAGAUCUGGAAAGUCUGGAUAGAAUCGAAGAUGAGUCCGAUGCAGACGGAGAGGAUGCAGAGCCUUUCGAAUAUAAACCGCUCGAAGAUGACCCAGAUGAAAGCGCUAAGACAAAACCCACUCUGCUCUGCCCGGUUCCUCCGAAGGAGCUGACACAGCUUCACAGUCUGAUUCUUGCGAGCCCUACACCUGAAGUCCUUGUACCUCUACCAGACGUACUGCGAGCUUUGGAGCACCCACUCCAUACUCUUUGCCUGGAGGAUGACUGCGGAUCCGUCACGCCUGGGAUAUUGACUUCUCUACUUCCGGUUUCUCAGGAGCUGGAACAUUUCGGAUUGGGAGUAGCGUAUUCGCUGAAAUAUGACGAUCUAUCUCCUUUUCUCAAUGAGCUGUCCAAGCUUCGCAGGCUCGACCUAUACCACUAUACUCAAAAUUUCAUACCCGGCACGACUCUCCCUCGUUUACGCGUCUUGGAAUCAUUUAAAGUGAGGCAUGCACAUACUGCUUCCCGGAAGGAAGUCUUGAACAUGUGUGUUUGGAUACGUCGGAUAACUUCAUCUUCACCGCUCGCCGUCCUGGAUGUCGCAUGUGAGAAUCCAAGGAACUGCCAGAAAGGAUAUAGGAAGGGAUUAUUAGGACAUGCAAUCAGCCACGAUGGUUUAAUCGAUCACCUUAUCUCGAGACAUAGGGAAACCUUACGAAUCCUAAGACUGUCUAGCGCGUAUAUUGGGAAGCGUGCGUUUAGAAAAAUGUUCGGUAAAGAAGGAGAAGGCUUUGAAAUACUUGAAGAGGUGGAUAUAUGCGUCAGAAAACAAACUUUCGAAAUGUUUACGAAUCCAAUGAAUUCCACGUCUAGAUUACGAGAAAUACGGUUCACAAUCGUCAAUCUAAAAGAAAGCUCUAUGCCAAAAGUUGACAAAGAUUUACUAGAAAGGGCUCAGGGUAAAACAUCCUUGCGAACUGUGCUCAUUAAUGGACACGGAUAUAAAGGAAAGUGGAUUGCUCAAUGUGAAGACGAUGGAUCACAGCGGACUCCACCGAAGUUGAACGCGAUUUUUCAUAUUUCGGAGUUCAGCGUCACGCGUACAUCACACACCCGGCACGCUCCGUACGCACUCGUUUCGCCGACAGAGGUGAACUUCAAAAUGCUCCCCGUUCGCGCCAUAACAUCUCGCCGCAUUCCGAGCCUCGCUCGCCUCACGCUCGCACGAACCAUCUACCAAGAGGGCGCAACAGCGAAGUCUAAGGAGUUCUCGAAAAAAGAGAAGGCACACGAAGGCAUGUCCUACUCUUUGCUCCCAACUUCAACGAAAAUCUAUCAAUAUGUUAAGCAACACGAGGCUCUUCAGUUGAAGAGGAUACGUGCAGAGAUCGAGCUGAAGAAGGCUGAACUUGCAAAGCUCGAGAAGGAGCAUGCAGAGCUCGAGAAUUCGAAACCGACGUAAAAUGCGCGAAUGGCUGGGCGUCAGAUCCUCGGUCUGGAUUCCCAUCGGACGUUCAUGUUCCUCGCAUUGCAUAUUAUUGCACGAAUCCCGGCGUAUAAGCAUCAACUUAAGCAGUUUUAUAAGCUUUAUUGCGUCUUGUAACCUUGACGUCGAAAUAAACAAUCAAAUUCUUUUUUUAUUGUCGG